AUGGACCCUUCCCGGCAACCCCUCCGCGAGCAGGACGAAUACAUCACUUUAAACCAGCUAUUAGUCGACACCUUCGAUAAAGUCGGCAAAGCAUCCGGUGCUGGAGGUUUGGAAACGAGCAAAUGGGCUGUUAAAGAUGGGGAAACACUGUCGCCUUACGGGUAUAGAUCGAACCCGGUGCAACACCAUAAUAAUCAACCACAACCACAAGAACAACAACAACAAAGUCAAUUCAGCAAUGGUGCGUUACUGGGGACUAGUUCAUGUGUAAGCUACAUCGGCCCGCAAAAUAAUCAGCAGCAGACGCUUUCUUCUCCGCAGCAGUACAAGUACGAGAAUGGAUAUGGUGGAGACCACAUAGGGGCAGGGGGAGGAAUUCACGGAGCUGCGUCUACAAGUUUUACAACUACUGCUUCUACUCGAGAUGGAGAUGGUACAGGAAUCCUCCGCGUGAGAGAUGUCGACAUGGAUGUUGAUAUGGGUUCCCUUCAUGCGCUGGUGGGACAGUGUAUUGACCCGGGCCUCGAAAGAAUUGUCGAUGUCUGGGAAGUGAGAGAUACGUGUCGCACGGUAACACUGCACUUCUCAUCGACCGGCAAAGCGAUGCUCUUCUCCUCUUUGCUUGGCCGGUUGCAUAAAGAAUUGUAUGUAAUUUCUACCACCAUCGAUCGAGAUCCGCUGUCACGGCUGGGUGAAAGAGUGCCUACGUAG